AUGCGAAUCAUAGACAUCGCGUCUCUUCUUCUUGUCGGUCUCGCCUCACUUGUCGAAGCUCAGCGUCUCCCUCGUCGCAGUUGCGGAGCGCCUGACAAGUCACCAGAUGAGCUAUCCCAAGCCGAGGACAAUUUCAGGCAGAACGCCCCCAUUGGAGCCGCCUUCGGUGAUUCUGCUCCUGGCAUCCUCACCGAAUACACACCCCAAGUGAUUGAUGUGCACUGGCACGUCAUUCGAGCGGGUGAGAAAGAGGAUGAAGGCAACAUCCCGGACUCGCAACUUGACUCUCAGUUGGACGUUCUCAACAAGGCUUACGCGCCCGCAGCCUUGUCGUUCCGCCUCGCGAACGUAACUCGUACUACGAACGCGGAUUGGUUCCGAGGUGCUGGGCCUAAUAAUAUCCAGCAGGCCGACAUGAAGGCGGCCUUGGGCGUCAGACGCCCAGACGCGUUGAACGUCUACAGUGUAGCAACUACUGGACUACUCGGAUAUGCCACAUUCCCCGGUGACUACGAGCGUAAGCCAGAGGAUGACGGUAUCGUCAUCCUUUACUCGUCUGUUCCAGGAGGUGUUUUCGCUCCGUUCAACCUCGGGCAUACCGCCACACACGAGAUCGGGCACUGGGUUGGUCUUUACCACACCUUCCAAGGCGGAUGCCCGCCGCCGGGAGAUUAUGUCGACGAUACCCCGCCUGAGUCGUCACCGACGUACGGAUGCCCUGCGAGUAGGGAUUCGUGUGUUGACUCGGAGGGCGUGGAUUCCAUUCAUAACUAUAUGAACUAUGCCGACGAUGUGUGCAUGAACAACUUCACCCAGGGUCAGAUCGACCGGCUCCGUGCACAGAUCGCAACUUACCGCGGGAUUCCGUUGUGAUGUUCCAAUGGUCGUGGUUAAGCCAUGUCACAAAAUGGUCUUUCUUUCUUUGCUUACCUGCUAUAUUGAAUAUUCUUACUUGAUCUUGUAACGCUUGUACUACGCCGCCUGCUCAGGGUUUCCGAGCCGCCUUUUCUUGGACUGUUGCCCUUUGAGUAUUUUUGUGAAAGCCUUUGCUACAAACGUUGAUGUAAUAUCCUCGAGCCAUCUUUCGUUUAUAUCUGCCUUUAUA